AUGCGGCUGUACGUGCACUUCGAGCCGCCGGAGGAGGCGCUGGCGUGGACCAAGCGGCUGAACCUGCCGCCCGUGGAGAGCGCGAGCGCGUGUCCGUCCGUGCGCUCGGUGCUGCGCUGCUUCUUCUCCGCCUACAGCGCCAAGUUCCGCUCCCAAUCCGCUCCCGCCGUCGAGAGCCUCGACGUGUUCGUGGAGUUCAACCAGGACGCGGCCUCCCGCCGUCUGCUGCCGUCCCUGGACGUGUCUGUGGCUGCUGUAGGCGGCUCCGGACCCGACACGCUCAAAUCGCUGCUGAACAGCGGCGAAACGUGCGACUUCGAGCUCGUGGCGGUGCCCCGAGAGCCGCAGCGGAAGGUGCUGGGCCCCGAGCCGCCGCCAGCGCUGCAGACCAAGAAGAAGUGUCCAAUCCAUGCAGGAAGCAGCUCAGAAGACGGCCGAGAACCGAAGCUCCGAGCGGCUUUGGAGCUGGCGGCCACUCUCAUGCAGCAGAGGAAGUUCCGGGCUGCUAGGGAGAUUUAUACGCAGGUUGUGCUGGCUCAGGACGAGCUGAACCCCGAGGCUUUAGUGGCAUUGGGAGAUAUCUUGGUAGCCAAUGGACGGCGCGAGGAAGCGGUGGAGAAGUACUUUAAAAAGUGCUGGAAGGCCCAUGGAGGCGCAGAGUGUGAGUGUAAAGCUCAUGCUAGGCUGGCGUUCACGAGUGCGCUGAGACUGGCGGAGUGUUACGUGGAGAUGGAGAAGUUUCGGAGGGCGGUGGAGGUGCUGGACGAGCUACAGACGUUUUUGAGGGUGAAUAGCGGGACCGGAGCUGGACUGGCGGCGGGGGAAGGCAGACACAAGGCGUUCUUCCGUGAUGCGGAUGAGCGCUUGUGGAUGGAGGAGCAGAUGGACGUAUUGAAGGCGCAGGCGUUGUAUGGCACCAAGAAACCGGACGAGCAGGAGAAGGCUAUAUCAUUGAUCAUGCAUUUGCUGCCGGAUCUGCAGGCGCCGAUGCUGAAUCUGGACGCUUUACUGCUGUACGCCAAGAUUGCACAUGAUCGGGGGAAGAAGAGCGAGGCUUUGAGUAUGGCGUUGCGUGUACUGGUGGGGAAGUCGAACGAUCGAGGGGUAAAGAAGACUCUUGUGGCUUUCCUGAAAGACUCGAGCUCCAUGAAACGUCUGCAGGAUGCGCUGCCGACGGCCAGCGCAUCGGCUGGAGCAGCUUAUGCGUUCAUCGCCACGAUUUUGAAGGACUUUGGCGCAGUGGAGAACAGCGUCGUAUGCUUUCAGCAGGCACAGCUUAGCGACCCGCAAAGUGCGUCGUACGCACUCAAUCAUGCACAUGCGUUGGAAGUUUGUUGUCGCCAUGCCGAAGCCUACGAUGCUUUGGUUUCAUUUUUUCGGGCAAAUCGCACGCUUAGCGUUGGAAGCGGCGAGGGUGGCACUGCAAAGCUUCUCGCUGGGUCAUUCGUGAAGAUCCUUGACCACUUGGACGCUUGGGGCCGCAGUCCUGAAGACAGUUCUGAAUCGUCCAAUAGUGAUGCCAUUGAGUGGAUAUCGGGGCCUGAAGGGUACGCGAAGGUGACUCCAAAGUCUGGUUCAACCGUACCAAGUGUAAACGUAGCGCCAUUGAGCCUUCACACGGUGCAAGCCAACAAGAAGGCAGCUUUGCCAGAGGCAGAGCUAGAUCUGCUCGCUUGCUUCUUCACUGUUGUAAAAAUACUGUUUGUGAACGGGCGAUUGUCCGUAUUGCCAUCUCUCAUUCGAGUGCUGGAGCCGCUCCGUCUCGGGCGCGAGCUGCACCAGACGACGAUUCGAAAUGAGCAAGCCUACUACGCCUGCAUCGCACAACUUCUCUCCAUCGAAGACGCACUCGAGCUUAACCCUCCCCUCUCGACCCCCGACACCACGGCGAAUGCCAUUUAUGUAUGCGGUGAUUCACACACGCUCGCUACUGCGUGGCGUAAGAUUCAAGUCCACAAGCAACCCACACUCCUACGACCGGCGCUGGUAACAGGGCUCAAGCAUUGGCACCUCCGGAAGGAGUCCACAUUCUACCCGAAGCUCAACUUUUGGCGUGUCAUCGCGAAUAUUCCCAGUCGGUCCCGAGUUGUCUUCUUGUUUGGAGAAAUCGACUGCCGCGAAGGAAUUCUCGAUGCUGUUGAAAAGUGCAAAUACGAGUCAAUCAAGGAAGGAAUGGAGCACACGAUCGGUAUAUUCAUGGAGUCGUUAGCAGACGUGGUAGGUAAGUACGAGUUUGACGUCUACAUGCACCCGGUAGUACCGGUGUUGGAUGAGACGCGCGCACUGGUGAUUCAGUACAACCAGCUCUUUCGGAAACAAGUUGCCAAAAGCACAAUCUGCAAGUGA